AUUGGGCCUUCCUCCUCCUCCUCCUUGGCCUCCCGGUUUCCCCCGCAGCCCCCGAGGGUGGGUCAGAGGGCAGAACCAAGCUCGCCGCCCCCUCCUGCCCACCUGCCCCCAGCUGCCAUGAAGCCCCAGGCGCCCGGCCCUCCCUGCCAACGCCAGCCCGAGGCGAAGGAGCGGAUCAGGCGUCGGAGGUCCAAACGGGAACGGAACCAGCGGCGCUUCGGCAACGGGGCGGCCUUCCCGGGCAGCCAGAGGCCCAACCGGGACCGGCCCCCGCCCGCAGGCCUUGCCGCCUCCACAACGGGGGUUGUCAUCACGCGGCAUAGGCUGAGCCGGGAUCACCGGGGCCUCUUCAACCGGGAGGUCAAGUCCGCUGCGGUGGAGCGGCUCCUAGGGUCCGGGGAAGGUGGAGCCCGGACUUGCCAGGGGGCCGGGGCCGCCCCCGACAAAGGACCACCACCUCCCGGCCCCACGCCGCCUCCGCCGGGAUGGCGGCAGCCCCAAGGAGCGCGGAGCAAAGAAAACGUGGCCCCGGGGGGGUCCGGGCCGGGCCCCCCCAGCCCCCUCCGGCCCCCGGAGGUCGGGGAGCUGCUCGGGGAGCUCCGGGGCCGGGUGCCCUUGCCAGAGGCCUUUCCCGGGCGCAACCUGGUGCAGGAAGCCCGAGGGGUCAUCAUGGGAGCCCUGCUGGCCCAGCACGGGACGCUGCCUGACCUCACCCAAGUCCUGAGGGGGUCCCACGAACAGGCGGCGGGGACCGAGAGGGAGAGACACAAGGAAUGGAGGGAGCCCAGAUGGAAGAGUCCCACGCCGCCGCCCCCAAGGGAGACGAGGAGGGCAGAGAGGCUGCCCCUUCUUCUUGGCCAGAGUCCCGGCCCCCUUCUCAGGGAGAGGGUGGACGGGAGCCUGGAGCUGCCCCCAUCCCCGCAGCGGCCCUCUCCUUUCUUCCCCUCGGCCCAGCAGGAGCGGGGCGGGGCCUGGUGGGGGGAGGCGGCAGGGCCCCCCCCGACGGCCUUCGACAUGCUGAAGAGCAUCUGGUUGCAGCCGUCGCCCCCGGAUCGGCCACCCCGGGACCCCCCGCCCCUCGAGCUCCCCUGGCAGUGGGGCCCGAGGGCCUCGAUCCCCCUGGCCUGCUUCCCGCCCUCGGCCGCCCUGGACUGGAGCCCCAGCCCCCUGGCCCCCCGCCUGCUGGGCCAGGCCAGCCCUGAGCCCUGGACCUUCCCGCGCAUGAAGCUCUACUAGGAGCGGGGGAGGCCAGGAGGCCUGCCCCCCUCCCGCUCCCAUCCAUCCCUUCCCUCCCCCGUUACC